CUUGUGUCUAGUAUCGCUCGCUCCUCACAUCACUUGCACCAACCUUCUCGCCUCUCACAAGCUCGCUAGUCCAUUAAUCCUCCAUUGACGUGAAUGAUCUUAUUGCAAAGAUGACUGCCGUUCUUCCCGCCUCCCGAGAGGAGCACUCCCGCUUCUCUCCAGAUUCUUUUCGGUCCCCUAUCACUCAGACCUACUUCAUCGAGGAGCCAGAGAUCGCUACCGCCAAGUCUGCUGUUCAUGGCUUUCAUUCAAGAGCCUAUGCCAAUCCGAUCGGAUCGAUGCACCCUCGCGACCCACCCUCUCCGGAUAUUGCACUCUCUGCUGCGGACCAUUUCUCGUCGACAGCCACCGCCUUCAGCAGUUUGUCUUUGAAUGUGGGUGACGACCAGGAUGACAGUGAAUUGAUACUACCAUCGUAUGAUUCUCACCAGUUCAUUCCAAAAGAACCGGAAGCUCUCAGUGAAAUAUCAAUAGACUCAUCGGCGGACCUUCAGCGGUGGAGAGCGCAGACACCAGCUGCCGACGACAGUUCAAUCGAAGAUGAGCCGUCGAGACAUGUUGAUUAUUUAUCCCACGAGUGGCGGCAGGAGGACAUAUGGGCCUCGUGGCGGUAUGUGGUCGCCCGGCGAAGCGCCUAUGAUAACGGAGUGAGGUUGGAGAAUGCGUCAUGGCGAACAUGGGGCAAGCUGAAGAUGAAUUUGGGCACGGUAUCCCCAGAGACUCUAAAUUGGCUUAAGGACUGUGACGUGACAUGGCUGUAUGGCCCGUUGAAAACAUGCGAUAGACGAGAACCGACAUUGGAUGACUCCCCACCUCCAAGUCGAUUUGCAACGCCAACUCUUUAUCCGGAUAGGAAGCCGAUUUUGAAAAAGAGAACAGCAUCUGAAACCAUCCUCCAACGCUCUCUAUCCCAGCAUACUCUCCUGCAGCACGCAGGGGCUAUUCUGAAAGCACAGGAGGCGGAGACGAAUCGAAGUCGGCCAUAUCUCCAGCGCUGCCCCUCGGACCUUGAGCAGGUGCCAAACCAAUUGGCCGCUACUCUUGUUCCAGUGUCCAUCCGUGGAACCACAACCGAGACAACGUCGUCAGGCAUUGGGUCACCCAGUGAAAAACGACAUAUCCAUUUCAACAAUGAGGUAGUGCAAUGUAUUGCUGUAGAAGCAAAGGAGGAAGACGAUGAAGAGCAGAGGGCUUGCGAUGACUCUUUGUCGGAGGAUGGUGUCGUGAUGAUGAAACAGAUUCAUCCUAACAUAGGACGGAGCGAUCGGGGCACACCCCGUGGUAGUAUUAGUGGCGAUAACAAAACCAUUGCUCCGCUUCCCUCGACAACGUUGAAAUAUCGUGGAGACACCCCCGAGCCUCCGGCAGGCUCGAUAAUGGACCGCUGGUCCUUCUAUUUUUCUUCCUCGACUCCAUUGGAACAGACUACUCGACCUUCUACUUCCGCCAACUUCCUCUUGGACGACGACGGCGGCGAUUAUACCUUUGAGUGGGAUUCAAAUCUGGGAUUCCAGGAACCAUCCCAUCACAACCGUCCCUGGUUCGUCAAUCCAGAAGAUGACGAAGAGCUUGGUCACUACUUCGGCUCGACGUCCACGGGGUCCACCCCCACCGAAGACGAGGAGAACUCGAAUGGCAGCGUCCUUGAGCGCUUUAUCGAUACAAUGAAUACAGCCAAAGACAUCGCUCACGUGAUAUGGAAUGUGGGCUGGCGACGGUGAUGCCGCUCUACUUUCCUAAUGCACCACCUGAAAGCACCUUCCAGCCGGAAGAAGAACAUCUCUUAUUUGCAUUUACUUAUAUACUACACGAAUGGCAAGAUAGGCC